AAUGUCAGCUGGGUAAUAUUGCGGCCAUGAUCAAAUGAUCAAAGAUUAACAGAAAAAUAUCUAAGCAAGCUUGUGAUCGAUUUUCACCAAUAUUUUUUUUAAUUUUUUUGUUUUAUUUAAUAUGCUUGGGGUAUUAGUUGGCAUGGGAAAUACCACGGCACACUGACCACGUUAAAGGCAUUUGGCUCAAUUUAAAUGUGAAAUAUAGACCCGUCGGAGUCGAUAGUACGAUAAAGUGAGUUGCUUGAGUGUGCUACAAUUUUCAGAUUCGAUAAAUAUCUACAAUGAUUUCAAUAAAAGUUUGCCUUCUGGAUGACACCAGUGUGAAGUUCGAAGUCGAGGUAAGAUGCUGCUGUAUAGUAUAUAGUGAAAAACGCAACUAUGUUUUUUAUUUUAUGUUUACUGUAAAUAGUCGAUGUUAAUAUUUUCAACAUGUCAUGUGAGUAUGAAAUAUAUUCCAACGAUGACCACAUUUUCUAAAGUUCAAGAGAUACGGUUGUACUUUAUUAAAGUUAUUGUUAUUUUUAUCGUGAAGAUAUCGACGAUAACAAUUAUCUUAACCUUACGUUAACAGGGUGAAUAUUUUCUAAUGUAAAGAAAGUUUUUGUGUUGUGUGACAUGUAUAAAUUUUUUUUGACACCUUUAUUAUUGAUAUAUAUCCCCUUUGUAGUUUGAAGUACUUAUAAAAAUAAAAUUGAUAUUAUUUCAAACCUAAAUCGAAGACUAAUGUUUUAAGGACUUUAGUCAGUUCUAAGGAAAAAGGUAUUAUAUACCAAUGUGUGACUAAUGUUGUUUAUUUGUUUGUUAUGGUGUCCCCUCAUUGAAAGAUUAGUUCAUAAAAGUGAAUAAUUAUUCUGACAGCUAGGUGGUGGGGCAUUUGAUUCUAGGCUGUUGCGGUAUUUGAAAAAAAACGAAAACUGAUACCAGAAAAAAACCCCCAAUAUAUCGAUAUUUUUUUGCAAUUGUAUUUUGCUUAAUUUUAUGCAAAAUUCGCUUAAUUUAAAUAAUGCAAAAUGUUCUGUUUUCAAAUGAUGCCAAACAGCCACGAUAUAACAGCUUUGACUCAUCAGGUUGCAUGAUAUAGCCUGUGAAAUAUCCGCUUUAGAAAUUGAAAAUGCAUAUUAGCAUUGAUUUAUAUCGCACUGGAUAAAUCAUGUGUGAUAUUUUUGACCGGGAAAUUUGUUUCAAAACAUGUUUUUCAACUGCGAAUUUGAAACAAAGAUUGUCCUAUCUCACCAGAUAAACAAUGUCCUACGAGGUUAGUUUUUGUUUUUCCCAAAUCAUUUUGUAAUCCACCGUUGUUUACAUUCUAAAAGUUCACUUUUUGACUAGCGAAAUAACAUAUCAUACACCAUGCAACCAACAUAAAUAAUGGGGCUGAAUAUGGAUAUACAAAUUUGUUGAUCCUCCCAAAUUUGAAGCAAAAUCCACUGAUCCAAUGGUCUUGUCUAAAUUUGGAUCCACUAAAAGCUCUACUAUGAAGUCACAGUCCAGGAGCCGAAUAAAAUUGCAAGCCAAAUCCACAAUUUGAGCAAAAAUAUUAGAUAAAUCUGCAAUCCGCUGUACUAUAUGAUCCGCAAAUCUAUGUAAAAUAUUCGCCAGGUCCAAAAUGCGAACAAUUUUUUCGGUGAAAUCCGACGAAUGAAAUCAUAUUGAAUUAAAUAUUACCCUAGUUCCAGAGCUAGGUUUAUUUUUAUUAUUUUCAUUGCGAAGGGGAGAGGAAAAAUAAACCUCUGGUCGAAAGCGGCAAUUGAUUCAUUGAGCCGCGCCAAUCAGUUUGAAUUAGGGUCAGAUCCUGACUCUGUCUCCUGAUUGGAUGAUUGUAUUAAAGCUCUCUGAUUGAUUCAAAUAAAACAUCUAUAACCAAUAUAACAAAGCUUUAAUACAAUCACCAAUCAGGAGACAGAGUCAGGAUCUGACCCUAAUUCAAACUGAUUAGCGCAUCUCGAUGAAUCAAUUGCCGCUUUCAACCAGAGGUUUAUUUUAAUUAAACCUCUGGAACCAGGGUAAUUAAAUAUUGACUUUUCUAUAAACUUAUAUUGAGAAAACAUAAACUGAGUCUGAUUUCCGAUAUUUCAUCCAUACAUUUUUUAUACAUGUUUCGCAUUGUUAGACAACGAAGAGAAGUAAAAUUCCUGCUUGUAUAUGCAAGUAUGCUUGAGCACGCGAAACCUCCGACAACAUUUUGAAAACUACGAAAAUUUCCAAUUUUCCAACGGGUCUCAACAAUAGGGGGGGGAUGGCCCCCCUUGCCCCCCUCUGGCCAUGGUGCCACUGCAUUUUAGCUCUCGCUCUAACCUUAAUUUACAUAUUUUAGCACAUUGGUUGUCUUUGUCCUUCUGAAAUAACUCCAAUCAGCGCUUGAAAAAGCUUGAUAUGAUGUUUACAUAUACAAAUGUAAACGUAAUAUCGAUAAUACCGAAAAAUAUCGAUAUUCCGAUAUAUCAAAAAUUUCAAUAUCGAGUAAUCGGUAUUUACCGCAGCAGCCUAUUUGAUUCCACUUAUAAUAAGGACGGGGAUUUGACCACAACUAAAAAACUUUUAGUUUACCUAACAUCAGUAACAUGAAGACUAUUAUAGAUAGACUUGCUACCUGCUGACACAGAAACCACAGGCUUUGACGUAUCAAUCAAAAGCACAUUUUUUGCUUUUGAAAUUUUUAUUUUGUUAUAAAAUAUAAAUUCACCGUCUGACCGAGCAUCUUUAGUAAUUAGAGAUUGAGUUAUUUUUUGGGAUACUGAAGGAAAACAUAGGCUUAUUGCAAUGAUUGUGGACCCUUGUGUAUGUUCAUUAAAUGCAUGUGCAACAUUCUUCUAUAAUAUCCUUAUAUAUACUGGAAAUAAAUACGACAGAGAACAUGGGUAUAACUAGUUUAGAAAUUGUAUAUCAACAUCAGUAAAAUGUAUACCUGGGUAUAACUAGUUUAGAAAUUGUAUAUCAACAUCAGUGAAAUGUAUGCCAACUCAGUUGUUUAAUGUAUAACCUGCUGGGUAAGAAUGACAAUGGGUCCAGAAAAUAUUCACACUCCCCCUAUGGAGGAAAUCUCUGCCGUCCGGAGGAGGGGGUGGGGGGGAGGGAGGAAAAUUUGUUUCUCGUACUAGUAAGUGCAUUAGGACAUGCGAAGGGAGUUAACUUCCUAUUUUGGGAGGUGUGGAUGACCCUCAAGAUAUAUAAUAAGCUCUUUGCAGUAAAAAUAUAGUUAGCAACUAAAAAUAGUUGAGAACAAUAAGUGACUGGAGAGCAUGGAGAGCUGUGGGAUUUGUAAACAAAGGAGUAGGACAAAGCACAGCAUGAGAUGGAAAAUGUUUUUUUAAAAUGACUAGUCCAUUGUGGAUUAUAGUACAUCGCGUUUCUAAGACCAUUAUGAAGUUAUUGUCUUGGGGGGCAAAAGACUCCAAGACAAUGGCGAUAGUCUUUUUAUUUUACUAAAAAGUUCUGUACAGUUGGUGGUGGACCUGUAUUUCUGUAACCGUUCAAUGUCAAGUGUGUGUAAGACAGAAAUAUAAUCAGAAUAUGGACAAAUUAUUGUUUGCUAAAUCGUUUGCUAACUAUUUUGGUAACGCGUAAUGAAAUAGGGUACUCCAUAAUAUAGUAUAGAUCUUAUACAUGUAAUAAAGGAUUUCAAGUCAUUGAGUGUUUGCCCAUUUAAGUUGUAUCAAGAAGUAAGUUCUCUUAGUUGCUUGCUUAACUGUUGAAUUAAUAUGCGCGUUCCAUUUCAAAUUGGCCUAAUAAUUUCACAUUGUUAAAUUGACCUCUAUUAUACAUGUUAACCUCUAUUUCUUUACCGAUAUCGGAAAAUUCAGUUCUUCUUUGCAAAAGAGAUCCGCAGUUCUUUGGCUUUGCUCUUAUCAGAAUCUAGCAGCAUCCUAUAUUACUGACAGACCAUUGGACUACUUUAUAUUAGCACUGGUGAAGAUCCGGGCUUAAGGAUCGAAAAGUUUGCAGUAAUAAAUUUACGUGCAGGCGUUUCCACAAACAAAAAGUAUUAUAUGAUUUAUCGCCAUGCAAUCCUACAAUGAACUAAUUACUUCAUAUAAGUUGUGCUUUGCUCGAUCCUCCUUUAUGCAUUUCAUCCCCUCUCGAUUGACAGCAUUUUUAUAAAAUCUGAAAAUAUAAAGAUUUUAGCUUUUUGUUUAUCCAUGGAGCGUCCCUUUGCAUUGUUAGGGACUGGUCAUAAAGUAACUGCUAGGGUGGACUGGAGGUAAAUCACAAAUUUUGCCAAAUCGGUGACCCAUCUUAGGAUGUAGAUAAACAUUUCAAAGCCCAUCUAAUCUUACAAAAGAUUUUUCAUGACCCACCCAAUCUACAUUGGGAAAAUACACUUUUAUAAUAAAAAAAAAACUUGCAGGUAUGAACAUUGUAAAUAUCCAUGGAACUGUAUUGACAUACAUAAUUCCACCAAGCUUGACCAACACGUUGAUACUGAGCUGCUCUCCAGUUGGUUGUAUUUGCUGUGAUUCGACCACUUCUUGUUGUUGUAUAAACAAAGUACUGACUUCAAUAGCAUCAUUUGCAUUUGAUAAUUUGGAUAGUUUUGUUUAUUUUUAUUAUUAAUAUCUUUAUUUUUUGAAGUAGACAUGCAUGGGUUUUUGUUUGGUGGCCCAACCGUGGACAUACAAAAAAAUUGGCGGCCCAUCGAAACUGCCCAAAGAUUUCCAUGGCCCAUCCCAAAUCACUCCAGCCCACUCUAGCAGUUACUUUAUGACCGGUCCCUUAUAUGCAAAGAUUUUUUAUAGGCCAGCUACAAAGGGCCUAUUAGUGGAAUCCUGUGGGUAUGCCUGAUACCCCCCCCCCCUGGGGCAAACCACUGACUGGGGCAAACCACUGAAUCUGAAGUUUUGGGGAAAAAAUAUCGAAAAAAGAUAUCGGUUUUUUCUUCUCACUAAAUCUUAAACCUAAUUUUUACUAAACUAUACACGAAAACAAUUGUUGGUUCCUAUUUCCGAAUACAUGUUAUUCAGUAUUCAACGAAAAUUUUAUCUAAAAGCUUUGUACACGCUCAGCACUGAAAAUACCGAAGAUUUCAAUACUGAAAAUACGGAACAUUUCAAUUUCAAACGAAAUAUCGAUAAAUGAAAAAAAAACGAUAUCUAAGACCCAUUGCACAUGGCGUCACUGCGCCGGUGACGAUGCAUCUGGAGGACAAAUUUUAGCAAUCUAUGCAAAAUAUAACUUUUGUAAACAAAGCAAAUUUUGUAAAACUUUAUAAUAAUUUUACAUUAAAAUUGUUAAUUUUUGCGCUGUAUGUGGUUGUUGUACCCAAACAGAUAUUGUUAGGGAGCAUCUGGAGGACACUCAAAGGAUUUGUGACAUCAGUGCAAUGGGUCUAUUGACAUAUUGAAAAACCGCAACAGUCUACUUUAACUACGAGAGGAUAAUGGAUAUUCGACCUAAUGACACAUGGAAAUGAUGUAUUUGCCAAUACAAUGUGUAUGUGAUGUAGCAGACCAUGCCAUUUUCAUGCUUAGGAUCUUGUUUGAGAUUCAUAUUUAGUUAAUGAGAUGUAUCUUUAGUUAAUGAGAUGUAGAUGAAUUGUAUAAAUCAUUCACCUUUCCAUAUACACUCAGAGUAACAUCAAAAACAUUAUAUUCACCUGAGUACAUAACAUCAAGACACACACACAAAAAUAACGUCUACUAUAGCCUAUAUUAAUGUUUAUUAUACUUUAUCUAUUAAAAUGAGUAUGUCACCCUCAUGACUUUGGUACAUUAUUUAACAAUUAUUCGCCGAAGGCGAGGUUGUUAUCGGGGAAUAUUCACCGAGACGAAGUCGAGGUGAAUGUUCCCCGAUAAUCACCGAGCCUGAGGGGAAUAAUUGUUUUAGUAUUUUUCCACAAGUCUUUUGUGUUUUUUGGGACUGAAUUUAUUUUAAUUUCGCUUAUUUCUUUAUCAGUGACUUCCACAAAACGGCUAGCCGCAUUUUAUACGUCAAAUUUGACCAAUCAACUUGUAGGAUAUGUUAUGUUCACUUGUGCAAAAAUACUAAAAAAAAGUCCAUUUAGUGCUUAUGCAACUACGUAAGUGAUAAGGGAGAAUUGAUUGUUUGCUUGCAUGGGUGCAAGGGGACAUUUUUGCACUCAUUUUCUAAACGGAUGAUCUUACUAUGCUAAAAAUUCUAAUAUUUCUAGAGGAAAUGGAAAGGUCGUGAGGUUUAUGAGUUGGUGUACAAACAUCUAAAUCUUUCUGAAGGAGAAUAUUUUGGCAUUCAGUAUUAUGACAAACAUGAUCAUUUGGUAGGUUACAAAAUAAUAUGUUGUGCGUCAUAAUUACAUUUAUAUGUCCCUUCCCCAACCACUGCUUCUCUAUUGUUUACACUUAAGCAGACUGUUUAUGGUAGUCAUACAUUAUUUUUCUAUUUUUGGAAGUUUUGUUGAGCAUUCCCAACAAGGUGAAUAUUUAUCGGGCUGUACAUUUAAUUUGUACGUAUUAUAUACAUACUGUCAGUGGUAAAAAUCCUGAACAGGGUCAUACAUUUAUAACUAUGCAUGGCUACAAUUGAUAAAAGUGUGUUUGCGAAUCCAAGAAAUGGUUUGCUUUGCUAAAGUAAAGAUGUUUUAAUCUGAACUAAUCAUGUAGUAUCUGUGCAAGGUCCUGUUCACAAGAGCUAAGUUACAUCUGUAUUAUAUUUAUUUUUAGUGUUGGCUAGAUCCUUUGAGGUCAUUGAAUAAACAACUUAAAGGUACACAAAGUUAUUGAUAACCCCUAUGAUGCAACUUGAAAUUGUCGAUUUACUAUUUAUUACAUUUACUAUCACCAAAAUGUAUGUUUAGAUCCUGCCAAGGUUUUAUUUCGAUUUGCUGUGAAGUUUUAUGCUGCUGAUCCCGUCCAACUGCAGGAAGAGCAAACGAGGUAGGCAAAAGUUGGAUAUCAUCUGCUUAUGUAAGGUCUACGUAUCCAUAGUUUUCAAUUGCAAGGUUUCAUUUGUAGCCCCACCCUCCAUAUUUCUUCAGGAAAUAAUGAAUACCACGGGUGUGAAUGGUGAUCAUUGAACUAUAAAUAAACUGGAAGGCUAACUCAGGGGGGGAAAUUGAAGCCAGUGCAUUUUAGUUUUUCUGAGUUAUGAGCAGAAAUACUCAACACUGAACGUUGGGCUAUAUAUCAAAUUGAAGCUAUUGAAAAACGCUAUUUGGUGUAGAAAUUUCAAGACUUUAGCUAAAAGGGAAUAUUGAAAAACUACAAACAUAAUUACCGAUAAUUUGCCGUUUUGCAGUUGUUUUUGUAUUUCUUAAAUAUUUUUCUUUUCGCUGAAGUCUUGAAAUUUCCACACCGAAUAGCAAUUUUCAAUAGCUUCAAUUUGAUAUAUAGCCCGACGUUUGGGGUCAAGUAUUUCUGCUCAUAACUCAGAAAAACUAUUUUGGCUUCAUCAAAUCAUAGGCCUUCAUCAUAGCAGUUAGCCUUCCAGUUUAUUUCUAGUUCAAUGCUGGUGAUUUCCCCCCAGGCCAGUGUGGGUAGUGCCAACAAUAACAAGCUUUCGUUGGUAGGGAUGCAACCACUUGAAAAAUACAAAGCGAAAUUCGACGUUUCAAGCGAAGGCCCUUCGUCGGGUAGUUAGUCACUAACUUCCUGAUGAAGAGCCGAAACGUCGAAUUUCGCUUUGUAUUUUUAACAGUAUGAAAAACCAAUUACGGUGAACACCGCGGAAAAACGUCUGCGCAUGCGUCAACCUUACCUGUAAUAGUAUUGCGAACUUGAUGAGAAGCUGUUCCGAACGUUUCCGAAGGCUCAAAAUGGCGGUAAAAAGGAGUGACUUCAUUGUGCGUCUUUACAGCCAGAUUUCAAGCGCAAAAAUAAACAUGUCAUUCUAAAAACUAGAAAUAAAUACAGCCAGAAGGUUCAAGAAAUUGUACUGUACAAGAACAUGAACUAAAGGUGAUUGUUGACAAAUUUAUCGUCUGAAACAUUUUGUUUAUCAACUAAGCAACGACAAUUUCCGAAUUUUCGUUUGAGAUACGUUUCUUUAAAAAAAACUGUGUCGCCAAAUAUAAAAAAUUUUCGUGUUCACAGUAAUUAAACUUUAGGAUUUAUUCUACAAUUUGAGUGGGUUAAGAAGCUUAACUUUUCGAGAGUUUUCUUAACUUUUGAGUUUGAAUUUUUGUUUUGAAUAAUUUUGCAAAAAUUUUCGAAGUCGUGUCCGUUAAAAUCAACAAUUUUUUACAUGAAUUAUAUUUCAUUCCAUACUUUAAAUGCCAGGACGCUUUCAAUUAAUGUCUAGUCUACCCAUUUGCUAUAUUUUCUCGUUUGGUUUACUAAUUUUUGACCUAUUAAUAAGCAUGUUUUUGUUUUAGAAUUUGAUAUUCAAAUUCCCCGCCAUAUUUUCAUAAUUUGGUGCAUGCGCAGACGUUUUUCCGCGGUGUUAUUACGGUGGGCCCUAUUUUACAAAUACCAUAUAAGUAUACAAUUACAUUAACAUAACUUAACUUAACUUACAAGAACAAAUGCAACUAUCAGGAACAACAAGAGAGUGGAGUAGCAAGGCUACCAGCAGCGUUACAUUUCAAGCUGAUUGAUUUCCAAGUCCGGGGAUUUUCAGAUUCAUGUAAUUUCAAUGUAAUAUCUGUAAAGUAAAUAUUUAAAUGUGUGUAAGGAAAGAGACUGUUGUUUAAGUUUAUUAGGAAGAAUGUUCCAUAUUCUUAAUUGUUUUUCUGUUGAUGAAGGAGGUCUGAUAGGUUACAGGCUUGCAUUUCUUGUUACGGAACAAGACCUACCAAUGAAAGCUUGUUAACAUACUGUACAACUACUGUGCCUGUAUUUUGUAACUACAGUAACAGAUCUUGUAAGCAUAGAAUAUAUUGUUGCAACAGCCAAAUCAUGUUAAUUGUUUUUAGAUAUUUAUUUGCUUUACAAAUACGGAAAGACCUCUUAAAUGGACGGUAUGUUUUUUAAAUAAAUAAUAUGAAGUCUAUCAAGAUAUGAUGGUGUGGAAGUCUUGCAAAUAAGGCCGUGGGCCAAAAUUAUUUCACUUCGUGGCAACCCCUUGGGGAAUAAAUUUUCUGUGAUUCAAUGUGUAGUACCAUGAAUUACCACAAAACGUUCCCAAGCAAAAAACUUGCCAAAUACCGAGAAAAUGGGUGAUCAGUGAUUAUCCCCUAUUAAAUUGUAUUAUAGCAAAAAAUCAUCAGAAAGCUUACAAAAAACCGCAUAUAAGACAUUCAAACAGGUUUUUGAUCCUUCAAAUAGUCUUUGAGUUAUUGCUGUUUUAAAUGUGAAAAUUGGACCAAAAUGUCGCAAUAAGGACUGGGUACUAGGUCAAAAACGCGUUUUUGACAGCGUAUAACUCUAAAACAAUUUGAGAUAUAAAAAAAACUGUCUAAAUGCCUUAUAUCCAGUUUUUUGUAAGCUUUCCGAUGAUGCUAGUCAUUUUUGCUGUAAUUGAAUACACAAUUUCACAUUUUUUCGCUGUAAUACAAUUUAAUAGAGGAUAAUCACUGAUCACCCAUUUUCUCGGUGUUUGGCAAGUUUUUUGCUUGGGAACUUUUUGUGGUAAUUGGGCAUCUUUGGUACUGUGCAUUGAACCACAGAAAAUCUAUUCCCCAGGGGGUUGCCACGAAAUUUCUUUUCCAAGCACUUUUUCGCACAGCGGCCCCCGGCCUAAAUGUCAAAGUCACAAAGUUGGAACUGUAGCUCACCGUGCACAAAUCCUUUGUCUCAUAUUCAUUAAAUCAUGGUUGCACUACCUCCUCCGCAGGCGCUAAGGGAGCAUUUCGGGCAGGUUCGGAAAAUGCGGCCGCAAAUUUGUCCGGAAAAGGGCCUGCGGAGGAGGUAGAUGGUUGCAUGUUUGAUUUCAGCUAUCCCUAUUGGACGAUUACUUCAUUACAGUAUAUGAAAAUACAACGAACUCAAUUUUCGUGACCGCACACAAAUUAAGAUAAACGUAGAGAAAAACAUAAUACAAGUCUUUAAAGAUUUAUUUAAUUAAAAAGCCAAUAACAUAUAUAGUAGAUUAAGAACUAAUUAAAUUAUGACUAGAUUAAAAAGAAGAAAGACAAAAAAUAUACAGUAUGAAAACUUUGUUCUGAGAAUCUUUGUUCUACUCAUUAUUGUUUGUAUACUCCAUUCUAGAUUAGUUUGUAAUGACAAAACAGCAUGUCUAUUGGCAUCAUAUUAUGUACAAGGUGAGCACACCAUUUAUAAUAUAGGGAUGGAUCUGAUAGGAGGAUAUACAGUAUAGAAUUUGCAGGGUAGAUUGAAGUGGGUAUAUGAUUGAGGAGGAUAAUAUUACUCAGGAUUAACAUCUAGGUAAUGAUAGACAGCAUAACCAAUGCUACGGUCCCAGAUAACAGGAAUUCCCCAAGAUAUAUCCAAUAAGUCCUAGGCAAUGUGCUGAGAAUAACCCUCUCCUAAACAGGACUACUCACACAUAGUGGAGAUAUUAUACAUGUACCUGAAUCCCAUGUCGGAAUGGGAUGGGAAAAUAACGGAAAAUGAAAUGCACUCGCCGAACUACAAGAUGCUUGUAAGAUGAGAUGACUGAGACGAACGUUGACAGUCCUGCAUGCAACCACCUGAAUCUCUUGCGGCCAAUCUCCCGAAAUCAAUUACCCGAUAGCAGUGCUUGCCUUAUUUUUGAAAGCCCGAAUAUGACCAAGCCACAUUACCUGGGAAUCCUAUCGAAAUGUACUGCCAAAUAACUGUCCAGCAUAACUGGUACAUGAACAGUCGGUCUCCUUACAGACAGUGCAUGUUACUCCCAAGGUAGGUGAGAGUGUAGCAUGUAUGUAUCCCACGUGGCCAACGCUACGAGGAUUGAAUAAAACCUACCGGCUACCACAAGGCAAGUUAAGGGCUGCUAACCCAGUGGCACAAGGAAAUAGUGUCAUACAAAAAAAACACGGGAAAGCCCCAUAAUGUUAUCACUUUCCCCCCAAAGGCAGCAAAAAAUGAGUUAAAUUACCUUACGCUAAUAACUGCAAUCAUCCCUGCCCGGACAGUAAGUAUUAAGUAAGUAGAGAUAAGGCAAGGUUAUAGGCAUAAGGCAAUGCAACAGGGAAAAUGCAAUACUAUAGGGGUAAGACGAUGCUGUAGAUAUGUAUAACACAACAUACUUUUCCACCUUAGCAUUUACCUUUUAUAAAAAUUUAUAGAAAUUAUUAAGUUGUAAAUCCAUAAUGUUAAUCCUAAAUAUCCUGUAAUGUUUUUAUAGGAGAGCUUGGUGAUUUUGAUUCUCUAAUACACACUCCGGGUUAUCUUACUGAAAGUCAGUUUUUUCCUGGACAGGUAAAACAUCUAAAGACCACUAAUUUAUAAAUUUUGUCACUAUGUUGCUCUAUCACCUCUUGGUUAUGGGAGAACUUAAGUUAUUUUAGGCUGUAUAUCGCAAAAACCGACAAAAAUAUCGAAUAUUAGAUUCGCAUUUUUAAAAAUAUCGAUAUACCAAAAAUGUCGAUUUUCACAAUCCGAAGACAAGAUACAAGUCAAAACAAGAAUGAGUUUGUGGGUUAUACAUAUAGUUUGACCAGUUCUUUCAUUUGGCAUUCUGAGCUGAAUCUUACGUGUUUGUUAUACACUACAGUAUGAGAUUGUUAGAAUGUAGUAUUUCUCAAAGUCAAGGUCAAAUCCCCCAAGGUCAAGGUCGCAUUUUUCAGGUUGACAGGUGGUGCUGGCGGGUCAGGGUUGGGUUCGGGGUGGUUAGGGGGAUCAAAUUGAGGAUGUACAACUUGUGGUGGAUGGGGCUGUUGAAGUGGAGGUGGUGGUGAUGGGUAGUGGGUUUUGGAUGGGUUGUCGUUAGCGCCACCACUUGUUUUCAUCCAGUCACCAAAGAUCCUCUUUUCUUCGUGACUUGGCUCUCUCGUGCCCGGCACCGCACUCCUGACUGGACAAAGAUGACCUGAGCCCUUUGGGAAAGUUGGUCCGACGGUGUGACCUUGCACGCUCAUCUUUUUGUAUUGUACAUUCACUCCGUUGUACUGUGGAAUAGAUGGAUUGUCUUGUGUUGAUAGGAAAGGUAAAUAGAUCGGGCUUGAUAACGCGCAGUAGAUAAAAUUGCAAGUUGUACAAUUUGAAAUGUAGAAUCUGGUCCUCUAUCAUUGUGUCUUCUGUACUGAUGGAUACGUUACUAUGAGUAGGAUACUGGUCAAGCCUUAUGUCGUUGGUUAAGCUUCUAAGGGCUUAAAAUGACGUUUUUUAGUCUCUGAACUCUCGGCAUGUGGUCUCUGUGGGUGACACAGCAUGAAAAGAGGUAGAAGGCCUUUUGUCGGGGAGUUAGUAGCGUGGGUCGGUAAAAUACAUGGGAAAUGAGGCGCAUUUCAUGUCUUUUGCGGCUAUCAAUGGGGGCUAUUAAAAUGUCUGGCAACAGGCUAGCCUGCGUGGCAGGCGGUAUUUCUACAGGCAGCGAAAAUUAGGGAGGCAAAGGAAGCAACAGGCUGGUAAGAAACAGGCUGGUAAGCAUCCUUGCCAAUGACAGCACACCGAUGCUCACCAAACCUUGUCUCAAAAACCUUCCAGUUUCCCCAAUAUAAAUAAUAGUCUGAUAGUGAUUUUGAAAUAAAAUCGAAAUAUCACAAAUUCAUUCCCGUCUUGUUUUGACUCGUAUCUUAUGUCGAUUAACGUUCAGUACUUUCAAUAUUGAGCGUGAACAACAACUGAACAGCACUAAAAGUAGGUAAAAUGUUAUCGUGUAUUGAGUUUAUGUGGCGCGACGUAACGCUUGAAUAUACAAAUAGGCUAGCUGUGGGUAAAUUGAAAUUAAAACUCAAUUUUUUUUUCAUUUCUUGAAAUCUUGGCGAAAAGGUUGAAUAUUUCGUGAUGUUUCGGAAUGGAAAAAUAUGGAAAUAUCGAUAUUAUCGCCUAUCGGUAUUAUUUUUUUGAUACCGGUAUUGAGACAGACAACACAAUGAACUAUUCUUGAUGUCGUAAGAAGGUUCGAUACACCGCAACAGCCUAAUCUGUUUCUUUACCAUGUAGUUUGCAGGUCAGAUUAUAGAAAGCUAGUCAUUCUUUUGUGUUGAAGCACCCAAACAACAUAAUGACCACUUUAACUUACCAUGCAGAAAACUAUCAGAACAACUUAAGGCCGAUUUACACUUUUGCCUACAACUGUCGCAUGCAACCUGCUUACAACUUGAGUUGUACUGUGUAAAUCAAGCACACAACUCGCCCACGACAACGUACUAGGCGUAAUCGGCCUUUGCAAUGCAGAGAAGUGAUAAAACGUUUCCGUACUCAACUGGAAGUCAAGCAAACUAUAAUGUUUAGCAAAACUUAACAUACAAAACACCAUUGUUGUUUUUAUUUUACUUUUAUUUCCACAGAGAGAAGAACAUGAAGCUCAUGUUAUGGAAUAUCACAAACAACACAAGUAAGAAUCUUGCUCAUGUUGGAAAGGAUUGGAAAGUGAAUAAAUUGUUUCCUUUGAAUUUCAAUGUGCAUGUAUGGCCUGGCUACAGCACAUUAACAAAAAACUUUAAUUGGUUAAAUAUGAGAACAGAACGGGUUUGGCUUCCCAAGCCUCUCAUUGUUCCAGUAAAUACACAAUUAGAAUUAACGUUUUUGCGAUUCGCUUCCUUAAUGCAAAAACGACCAGCGUUUUGUGACUUUUUUUAGGACAUUUAUUCUCUAAUUUUAUUGUGUUCCUUUGUUGUAAUCAACCAGCCACAGAACCAUUUCCUAUAGCUUCCUGAUGAACCAAUUGUCAUCUCAUCUUGACAUGUACCUUCCUGACGUUAAUGUAUAUAGUGUAUUUUGAACCUUUAAAUAUAUAAUUGUUUCACGGUAAAUUGUACAUCACGUACAAAGAAGCGUAGGCAACUCACUGUCGUUAUCGUGUUUUAUAUUUUUGAUUAUAAAUAUGUUUUCUCAUAACAAGUACUGUACGGUUACAACGGUACCACAGGCUUCAAAGUUUUCAUUUUUAACUCCAAUUGGUAACACCAAUUAAUAAAUAUAUUACCAUUAUUUUAGAUGGUCAAUGUACACAAAAAUCAUGCAGCGUUGAAGGUACAUUAAAUGUUCUGAUUUAUUUCCUAUUUUGUUCGGUAGAGGAGAAGAUCCGUCUGAUGUUGAUCGUAAUAUUCUUGAUGUCGUAAGAAGGCUCGAUACAUAUGGAAUAACAUUAUAUCCUUGCAGGGUAAGUCCCAUGCAAUUUCGUCCCAGGCGUUUGCUACAGUACAGUUCAUUGUGUUGUCUGUAAUUGGUUGUUCCACGUGAAUAUCUCAUUACAAAUUGUGAAAUUUUAUGCUUGCAGGCGCAAGACAACGCAGCACUUAACCUCUCCGUGGCACACAUGGGCGUGAUUGUCUUUCAAGAAAAAACAAGAAUAAAUACAUUUUCAUGGUACGCAUCUCAGAUACAUGUUAUUCUGCAUCAAUAAAUGGCCAGGAGUGAUUUACACUAGGGAUGUGCUGGAUCCGGAUACCGGUAUCCAUUAAUAUCCGGUAAAAUAUGGACAUCCGGCAGAGUAUAGACAUCUGGCAUCCAGGGUGCCUGAUAUUUACCGGAUAAUAAAAGAAAUUAGAACCAUGAAACCGAAAAAAGUUCCCUUUGUCUUUUUGUGCAUUAGGAAAUUGUGGAACAGGAACAAUUAUUGGGCAUGCAGAAAAUGUUUUCACGAUGUAAACUGCUCUCAGUACUGAGUUGAUUGCUCGCCAGUGCCCGUGCCACAAAUAUUUAUGCCUAUUAUAUUUAACAAAUAUAAAACAUUUUUCGUUUUGAUAUACAGUUAUAUCAACACGAGUGAAAUUGGGAAAACGAGAAAUUGUGUGGAAACACGACGACCGAAGGGCAGAGUGUUUUCACACAUUUUCGAGUUUUCCCAAUUUCCACGAGUGUUGAUAUAACUGUAUAUCAAUACGGAAAACAUGUUUUAUAUUUGUUUUAUAGCAUAGCACAAAGAAAUAUAAAGAAAGAAAUUUUCCAAUGUUUCCGUGUUGACAUUGAGUUAUAUCAACACGGCUCUUAGUCAAUCAUCGUUCAGAAUUUACAAAUGCUAUAUUAUAUAAAGAGAUAAAGCAUAUACUAAAAUAAUGUGUGAGAAAAUAGUGACGUGUUGUGUCAUUUGUCCGGUACCGUCCGUGGUAUCCUGCAAAACAGUAUCCGGCAUAUCCCUAAUUUACACCUAUUUAACCUUACAUCAAUUGCAUAGUUCAAGAGUUUGAGACAUACAGGUGUCUUUUAGGAUUUUCUGUUGGUGCACAAAAAAUCUAGUCACGCACAUCACACCCAGUGUGAAACCACUUGGAGCUUCGUGGCUAGCUUUUGACCAAUCGGAUGGCGGAAGCGUCGCGUGAUCCAUGCGAUAUAUUUGUUGCCAUCCUUUGCCCAGAUUCUGACGGGAAAACUACUGUAUUCCCACAUCUGAAAUUCAUUUCCAGUAACCCCUGAAAAACACCUGUUAAUUGAACCGAAACCUGACGCGAAAAGUCUGAUAUUCUAGUGUUACCCCUUAAAAACUGGCCAAACGUAGUGCUGUGCAAACUCCGGUUUUUCAUCUCCGGCUCCGGCUCCGGCCGAAUUACAGCUCUGAGCUCCGGCUCCGGCCACAUCAUAAAAUAUUAAAUAAAUGUUUUACGAUCAGUGAACAUUUAUUAAUAUUAUUAUGAAUAACCCUUUUCGCGCUUCCUAAUUAUCAGAUAACAUAACUCAGGAAACAAAACAGUGAAAACACUUAACCACGCAGAAAAUAUCUAUAUGGAAACCAGCCUCGAAAAAUCUUUGACACGAGGCAUGACGCGAGGCAUGACGCUAACACUCUCAGACUCCACAGCGCAAUUGUUCGCACGCAAACAAAGUACUCUGUCAUUUUCAAAAGGUUGAUAUUUAUUUGUUUUGUACUUUUUCGUUAUCUACAAGGCAUGAAAUACACAGACUACAGUAUGUAGCGCUAAGUCAGAUGGCUUCAUGAAAGCAUGACGUUUGUAAGUUGCGAUCGUAUUACAGCUUUUCGACGCUGUUCCUGUGGGCUGUGGCAGUUUGAGUCUAUGAUGAAUUCAUUAACAGCAAUUGGCAGUUUGCAGUAACUAACAAUCGUUUGACAUUUGUCUCAUUUCAUAUUGUUUUCUUGUCAUUUUGCCGGAGCUGGGAAAACGUAACUCCGGCUCCAGGCUCCGGCAUACAAAAUUCGGCUCCGGCGUCGGAAAAACUGCCGGAGCUCCGGCAGAACUCCGGCUCCGGCAACUCCGGCGCACAGCACUAGCCAAACGUAUGCACGUACAGUACUUGAGACUUUAUAUUUCUUCUUUUAGGGCAAACAUAAGGAAGCUGAGUUUCCACAGGAAAAAGUUUCUUAUCAAACUCCACCCCGAGGUACAGUAAAACCCUGCAUUUCCCGCGGAUUCCUAGUAUUCAUUAUGUGAAGUUAGAUGAGUGACCAAAUUGAUCCCAAUUGUUCCUUCCAGGUUCAUUACAGAGACACGUUGGAAUUUCUGAUGGAAAGUCGGGAUAAAGCGAAAUCCUUCUGGAAACUCACUGCUGCCACACAUACCUUUUUCAGGUAAUAAUUUUAUCUAAAGCCAGAGGCGAUUGUUUUCGUACAGUAUGAACUUUGACUUUUUGAGAUAGCACACCACAUUUAGAUAAGUAAACUGUUGUAUGUGCUAGUAACAAGUCAGACGAGUACUCGGCGAAUCGAAUAGAUUAGGCUUUGUUUAAAAAGGGUAACAGGGCUACAUCAUAAAAUAUUAAAUAAAUGUUUUACGAUCAGUGGACAUUUAUUAAUAUUAUUAUGAAUAACCCUUUUCGCGCUUCCUAAUUAUCAGAUAACAUAACUCAGGAAACAAAACAGUGAAAACACUUAACCACGCAGAAAAUAUCUAUAUGGAAACCAGCCUCGAAAAAUCUUUGACACGAGGCAUGACGCGAGGCAUGACGCUAACACUCUCAGACUCCACAGCGCAAUUGUUCGCACGCAAACAAAGUACUCUGUCAUUUUCAAAAGGUUGAUAUUUAUUUGUUUUGUACGAUUGUUUUCGUACAGUAUGAACUUUGACUUUUUGAGAUAGCACACCACAUUUAGAUAAGUAAACUGUUGUAUGUGCUAGUAACAAGUCAGACGAGUACUCGGCGAAUCGAAUAGAUUAGGCUUUGUUUAAAAAGGGUAACAGGGCCACAUCAUAAAAUAUUAAAUAAAUGUUUUACGAUCAGUGAACAUUUAUUAAUAUUAUUAUGAAUAACCCUUUUCGCGCUAAGUCAGACGAGUACUCGGCGAAUCGAAUAGAUUAGGCUUUGUUUAAAAAGGGUAACUUUUGACAUCAUGAAAACGUGGCAACCCCGUGUCCUUCAUUUCAAUGAUUAAACCAACAAUAUACAAGAUAUAAAAAGCUAAAUAAAUAUAAUUACAUACAUGCUGUAUAUCUGUAAUAGCAAAGUAACACAUGCAGCAAACAUGCUGACCCUAUUUCCAUUUUCUAGUGACUACAGAGAUUAUUUAUUGACAUAUUUAUUUGUCUUUUUAUUCAGACAAUAUCAACAGACGUCCGUUACAAAAUCAAAGCCUAAAAUGUUUGGUCGUGGUUCCAAAUAUCGUCACAGGUAAACCAUAACCUUACUUUAAUUGUUCAAGAUAUUGAAGAGUUUUUAUUUUGAAAAACUACAGGUUCACAUAGAUUAUACAGUAUACUCGUAAUAAUUUAAUAUCGUUUCGUGUUCAACAGCGGAAGAACGCAAAAACAAGUCAUGGAAAGUUCAAAACAAAGUGUACGCAAUGACUCAACGUUUAACAGGUACAGUAUCAUUGUAUAAUUCUUUAUUCUGCUCGAAACUGAGCAGUUUUAGUGGUCAGCAUGAACAGGGUGAUGUGAACUAUAUUCUAUAACAUUGAGUUAGUUACUGCGUGUGUGCGUCAAGCUAUAUAUGAAAAUUGAAUGAAAUAGUUAUUUACAAAAAAACCGGACGUGUGCAAACAAAACAAACAACAGUAGUUUACUAAACAAUCCGACCCAUCACAUGUGCAUGUCAGACUAAGUAAGAUCAUGGAUUGUAAAAUAACUGGAUAGAAAACUUCCUGACGUCACAGUCUAAACCUAGUUGCAAUCUGUGACGUCAUGCGUAUUGCCAAAGUUCUCAGCAUUUUUGUUGUUUCGCUAUAUUUUCCGCUUUAAAAGAGUAAUAUUGAAGCAUAAACUGGUCUAAUUGUUUUAAAAACAUGCCUAAGCCACGACAAAGUAUUCAAGGUAAAUGUUUUUCGUCUUUGUUUUGUAUUUUUUUACAUUUGUAGCUACGAAAUUGACGUCGCCAAUUUUAACGAAAUUUGCGUUACAUUUUUCACUGUUUAGUGCUUGAAAUAUUUGCUAAAAUUGACUGGGAAUACUUAGAGAUUUCAUCGUAGAAUGGCCUAGUUAUAUUUAUUUGCUCUUUGACUAAAAUGUUUAGCUGUAUUAUUGCUAAACUCGCCGUUUUUGAGAAUUUGGUUUGCAACUAGGUUUCAACGCCAUCAUCCCAUUGAAAACAUUAUAGCAUAGGAAUCCCAAUAAAUGUGGUUGUAACAAAUAAAAAGCGUUAAAUUUGUUUAAUUUUGAAUAAAUUUGCAUUGUAUUACCGUGCUUUGACUGUUUUCAAUCUUGCGCUGUGAAUUCAGUGACGUAAGUAAAUCGCAGCGCAAGAUUGAAAACAGUCAAAGCACGGUAAUACAAUGCAAAUUUAUUCAAAAUUAAACAAAUUUAACGCUUUUUAUUUGUUACAACCAUAUUUAUUGGGAUUCCUAUGAUUAUAGGUCACGUCAGCUAGUUUCCUAUCCAUGUAUUUUAUUAUCCAUGGUAAGAUCAAUCCUCAGUGUAAGUACUAGCCUGCAUGGCAGGCGUACCCGUAGGAAAUACCGCCUGCCGCAAAACUGGGUGUAAAUGAACUACCGCCCCUGAAGCAUCAACGCUAUUUAUAGAUGCAUUAAUUAAGUAAAUAUUCAAAAUUAGCCACUCCCAAGCUGCUCCCAAGUCCCAACUGCCCAACAUAAAAUAAAUUCCUUGAUUCUCAUCACCGCCGGACUGAAUUUUAAAAUCCUCGUGAAAACGUUUUAUUUUUAGUUAUACAAUAUAAAUGUACCGCCCGACAAAAUAAUUCAAGACAGUUAAUUUUUUUAUAUUUUAUAUAGAGUUUUUAUUGCCAUUUUAAACUUCCAAUUUGAAACAAACAGAAUUUUGAGUGAAAUUUCAUUGUAUUUUAAAGAAACUCAGUCAUUCUGUCAUUGUUCGUGGAGAUACGAACUAUUGAUAUAUAAAUUAUAUAAAUAUAAAAUAUAAAAAUAAAUCUCCCACUGUCUUCGACAUUUCAAAGUGUAGACUGUGUCUAGUGAUGAGAAUCAAGGAAUUUAUUUUAUGUGUUAAUAUAAACCAAGCCCGGUUAGCCGUUUAGCUGCCUUAAAACGGUGGUUUAAUAAGCUCAAAAUACAAAGCAUGCAAGUCUAUACUAUAGAUUCAUCAUCAGUCAACAACCAAACUGAAAGUAUUGAACCUUAUAGAACGAUAGUUUUUAUUUGUUUACAACUAUACAUAUUCAACGGGUAUAUAAGAGUUUAACAGUUAUUUGAUAAUUACUGCAUCAACCGGCCCCUUGUUUAUACUUUGGAGGUUCGUAUAUAAUAUCUAUCAAGUAUCUUUGGUUCAGAACAUGACUGAUAGGCCUAUAUGGAAAUCCCACUGUUCGAUUCAGUGAAGAAAUAUCUCCUAAUUUCUAUCGAUAGUUUUAGUAAAAUGUCAACAUUAUUGCGAUUUAUGGCCUUUGAAAGUCAAGCGAGAUAGUAUAUUAUCAAAUUAAUACGCAUGUAAUUGUCUGAACGAAAAUAUAGACUAGCCCAUACCUUUCGCCGAUCAUAACUUCGGCCCCUUCGGACGUAUCUUCUUUGUUAAAUAUUCUUGUUCGAAUCUCUAUCAAAAACACUAUUUAGAGUGUUAUUUUUCAGCUUGUAUCUUUUAAUUUGCUUCUUUUAUUAUGUUAUUCCAUUUCUGGUCUGACUUGACGUGAACUAAUUUCUAAACGCAGAGUUUCAAAACGUCAAAACAUUUGGUUAAUGAUUAACAUUUAACCGAAUUUAGCCGUUGAUUGACAACUACAUAAAAAUACUAACCAAUCCGUUUUUCCCGUUCACCAGCGGACGGGUAAUUCAAAAACCCCUAGUUUUGCGGCAGACGGUAUUUCCUUUGCUUCCCUAAUUUUCACUGCCCGUAGAAAUACCGCCUGCCAUGCAGGCUAUGUAAGUACCCAAAUUUACCUCGGCUUGUCAUUGAGUUCAUUCGACUCGACUGGUAGCGUCUGGUUAGAGUUGGUUAAGCUUUGGAUUUAUAGGAAUGCAACUACCUGAAAAAUGCAAGGAGAACUUGACGAAGGCGAAGGGCCUUCGCUCGAAACGUCGAUGCUUUCCUUGUGUUUUUCAGGUAGUUGCAUCCCUAUAUAGCAAUUCGAAGCUUUGUUGUUACAGAUUCAAGCCUUGUGCGCGGAUGAAUGUUUUUGUGUGUCAUAUUCUCUCAUAUAUUUUUGGGGCUUCAAUGCACAUCAUAUUUUUAAAUUGCUAAUCCUUCAGAUCACAAAGUCUUCGAAUGCCAUCAUCUGCUGACAACUCGAUGAACAGUUUAAGGUCAUCACCUCGUCCUAUGAUUGGAUAUGGUAAUGUCGAGACGAGAAUUAUUGAAGCGGACUAUCCUGUAGCCAAUAGUCUUGCAUCCAUAGCAUCGAAUGAUGAGAGUGGUCAUCUGUAUUUAUCCGGACGGCAUACAUCAACUGAACAGUCACGAGAGGAGCUCAAUAUCGACGAAAUACAUCAUGAAACAGAGGAAGAAAAGUAUGUACAAGUUGUACAGUUUGUUUGUAUCAAUUGU